AUGAUUAUAAGAGCUCCAACGAGGACUAAGACCAAAUCAUUCAAUGGCCGCCAAAUGGCUUUUAAAUUUCCUUCCACAGACAGUCUACAGGAUGUCAGGCUAGAUGAAUAUCAUUUGAAUAAUCAUCACUUACUCAACGAUAACGUCGGAAAAUGCAAUGAUGAUGCAGCUUCGCAGAUCCUGUCGGAUUAUACGUCUGCUUCUAAUACAAACACUCAAUCCGGCCAUUCAUCGAACGGCUACUACUCAUUCGCCAAUAUUUCAGACAAUACAACCUCAUCAGCAAAGGUAAACAAUGCAAAUCACAGACAGUCGGUCAUAUCGAAUGAUCCUAAUAGAGCCUCAGAUGUACGGGGCAGUGUAACUCCACUUUUGGAACCAUUGAGCGAUGAGGCUCACGACGAUAACAGAUCAUCGCCUAGACUAGGAAUGUCACCGAUGGAAAUGAUACCUGAGAAUAAUGGUUUCUCCUCUUACUCCACAGUUUUUCAAUCGAUCCCCACAGCAGCUAAUAUAUCAUAUGAUAUAUCUUCAUCUAUUUCUUCAGCGAAAUCACAAGAAUCAGAACGCACCUCGGUACGAAAGUUCCAACCUAAUCGACUACAAGGUACUCCCGUCAUGACCCGAGUUGGAUCGAUACAUUCGACCAGAAGCUCACUAUCAUAUAACAGAAAUAGGACAAGCUUGAAAAGAUCAAAAGCUGUACGAUGCAAAGGCGGUCUUCUCCAAUAUUUUCAAUUGCUAAGAUUGAAGUUCAAGAAACAACUGCGUAAGCUGAUAUGUGGUAUCAGAGAGAGGAUAUCUAAGAAGAAGAUGGGCAAGAGCUCUGGAUAUAGAUCAGGGAAGCCUCUAAUUAAGCGAUCUAGUAAAGCUGGUGACAGUCACAGAAACUCGGAAAGAAACGACCUGAGGUCAUCACAUCUGAAAAGAACUCAGAGAUAUGUGAGCAACUUACAAAGAUCAAUGUCAAACAAAUCUUUACAACCUGUGCUUGUGCCUAAAACGAACUUAAUUAGUCCACCAAAACAUCAAGACAUAAAUGGUGCUGAAAAGGAGCACAAAAUUACAUCUAAUCCUACCACAUCUUUGAGAAGAACAAAAUCGUCGAUAAGAAGGGCAGCUUCCGUGAUAAACACGUCACCAGGACCCAAGACCCCCUCUGAGGCCGAAUUACGUGCACCAGAUGAAGAAAAGACACACAUCGAACACAAUAACAAAAAAUCAGGACUUGUGAGAUCAGCUGGCUGUAAAUCUCUCAAUUCAUUGGCCAGGCAACCUUCCAUUGUGGUCAAGAAUAAAGUCAUCCCACUUUCAAUGCAUCACUACCCCAUUGAGGAAGAAGACGACGACGAAGAAGACGAAUAUGUGAUUAGCACAAACUCAAUGCGCCCGUUGACCCCACUCGAGAGUGUCAGUUCAGAUAACGAGUCAUUCACCGAUGCAGAAGAACCAAGCGAGCAUCCUGAACAAUUGUCUCAGGCCCUCAACCAUUAUUUCAGAGUAAUUAUUGCUAGACGCAUACUGAUGAAACUACAAAUCGCCGAGUACCAGCAAUCGGGCCUAAAACGCUCAUACUUGAAUGCAAUUGAGUCUAUCAUCAAGGAAUACGACUCCGAAAGCAAUGUUUCCGAUCUUUUUAACAGUCUAGGAUCCACAAACCCUACUACGGAUGAUACCAGUGGACAAGAAGAGCAAGCAGACGAGACUGACCGCAGUAUAGAAUUUUCCGUUCAAUCACCAUUCGGGAGCGUCACUCGUCUCAGACACAAAGGCAGCACGAUCUCGCUUUCCCCAGGAAACUUGAGAAGAUCUCUUACAAUGCCUAUCGGCGUCAAAGUCUAA